UUUAAUUUGUCAUUUCAAUACUACUGAAAAAGAACCUCCACUUCGAGCGAUUUAACAGUAUGUUAAGAGUUGGGUGAAAGUGAUUGAUUAAAUGGUUAAAAAACGAAAACUGUGAAUUCGGGAAGCUAGGGGAACUUACAAUAAAACAUACUACAACGGUGGUGGGUUGCAGCUUGGAGUAGAAGAACAGCGCAAUGAACGCCCGUUCGCAAACGUUCGAUCUCACAAUGGAGGGCCGUCAGGUGGACGAAGCUGUCUCGAGCAUCUUUCACACGAUUCUAUUCCAUCGUAGUCUUGGGAAGUUUUUGUACAGUGGAGAGGCGAUGUAUUCCGUGGGAACCAUCGGUUACAUGGAUGUGGAUUGUGACUUUAUAGAUUUUACCUACGUAUGCUGUACUUCGCCGAGAUUGGAUGAAACUAUCAAAAAAGAAAUUGGUGAAUUCAGUCGGCAGCUGCGGAGUAAUGAAAGUUCAGGUACCGGCCAAAUAAGUCUAGAGUUUUUCCAACGCAAAAAAGCGCGGUGGGCGUUCAUGACCGAAUGUAUUCCCUGGGAAGUUUGGACCAUUCGGCUUGAGCUUAUAAAUCUUACAAAUGAGGACGAUCGUCAGAUCUGUAGGGAGAGGGUAGGUGACAUGCUCUCGGAUAAAAUUGUCUACAUCACCGAGGUGAUGAAUCGACACGAGUACCUGCCAAAAACGCCCAACCAAACGGAACUGGACUCUGUUUUUGAUACGUCUUUUCCAGAUGUGCAACCGUAUCUUUUUCAAUUUAAAUUCACUACCACCGGUCCCAGUACUAAUUCUGUGGGAAAAACUGUGAAAAAACUUUUCAAAGAAACGCUUUCGUUGUGACUGUUGAAGGCAGCUAUGUUUAUGGUGGUGAUGAUUGCAAUCGUUGGGAAACUUGCAGGAUGCCGAUCUUGGAUUUCUGCGAGCGUAAGAUUUGGUGGUUUUGUGUUCUCGAGAAGAUAAAUGAAGGAUAAAUAGGAGUAAUUUUUUAUAUUAUGACACAAACGAUUUUUUUCAAUUGCGCAUGUGGAAGGAAUGCUUUCCUAGAAUAGAAGGAUUAAAUUUCGAACAUUCUAUCUUCGAAAUUUGUUAAUUAUUGUUGUUUUGUGCCUCUUGAAUUCCGAACAUUUUCACUACACUCAUUGUUAAUGUGCUUUCGAAGAAGCUUCUAUAUUGAAAAUAACGUUUACUUUUUCCUUCCGGAAAAUUUAAUUAAGAUCGAUGAAAAAAUCCCACCGUGUCGUUUGAUUUUUUAUAACGAUUUGGUCUAAGAAUACUUUUUAUAAAUGGGACCGAAAUUCAAUUCAUAAAGCAAAGAAGUUUAAUUUUCUUUCAAUAUGAUGUAUGUUCUUAAUAUUAUUUAAUAUUAAUCAGACAUUGAAAAAGGAUAUGUUGUUUACGAGAAUUGAAAAAGGAUAUACCUAUUAAUAUAAUUUCUUUUCAAUGCAGAAAUGUCAAGAAAACGACUUAUAUUCAAGGCAUGGGAAAGUAAUUCAAUAUCCAGAAAGCGUGAAAUCGGGUAGGAAAGCAAUUCUGGUGCAAUAUUUGCGAAUAGUAUUCAUUGAGCAUACAAGCAUGUAGCAUCAGAAAGUUUUAGCAGUUUUGGUUGUAAUUGGAGCAUUAUUGUAAUAUUGGCAUACCAGUUAAGCAAAGCGCAAUUAAUUAAUUAAUCGAAUGGUUAUGGCGUUACGUAGAUUGGUGAGAAUAUUUUGAAAACUAGCAUAUAAAGCAGGUUUUCCAUCAGUAUAUUACCAGCCACCGAUGACGGCAAAUAUACAACAAAAAAAUUCAAGAACUGUAGUAAUCUUCUCAGAUCAGAGCCCUUGGCAAUCAUAAUGAUAAAAUACAAAAGAUCAAUCACGCUUGGGCAAGUUUUAUUUUUAGCACUUGUCUCCUAUUAUUGAAGAUAUAGCGUUCAGUCUUAGGCUAGUUUGAUUUGUGACUUCAAUGUUAUUUAAUAAGUCAGAAAACAAAGACGUUAUUGUAAUUAUGCAGAAGAAACAUAUUGGUAUGUGCAGAUCGAAAGUAGUUGGUGUGAAAGAAGGAUGAGCGAUAGUGAGCAAUGUUUCAAGCACAGAGGCAGAGAAUCAAAUUUUUCUCAAUAAACCACAAUAUGUAGAUAAUGCAACCGAAACAAAACGUGUACAUUUUUACGUCAUUGACAGAGAACAUUAUGAUAGUGACUAGUAAUGAGUUCAACUUCUAUGUAUAUGUAUUUUCUGCGAAUUAUAAAGCAACUCACAAAUAGAAAAUAAUAUGACUCAAUAAUUGAGUUUGAAUGAACAAUAAAAAGAUUACAAAAUA